AUGAAUAUGAAUAAUAGUAACAAUGGUUGGGUAUUCACAAUGUCUCAGUGGCAGGAACUGGAGCACCAAGCUUUGAUUUACAAGUACAUGGUGGCUGGUCUUCCUGUGCCACCUGAUCUUGUUAUUCCCAUUCAGAACAGCUUCAACUCCAUUUCCCAAACCUUGUUGCACCAUCCCAUUCCCACUAUGAGUUAUUGUUCCUUCUAUGGGAAGAAGGUGGACCCAGAGCCAGGACGAUGCAGGAGGACUGAUGGGAAAAAGUGGAGGUGCUCCAAGGAAGCGUACCCAGACUCCAAGUACUGUGAACGACACAUGCACCGUGGCCGCAACCGUUCAAGAAAGCCUGUGGAAGCACAAACUAUGACACAGUCAUCAUCAAUUGAGACAUCACUUGCUGUAACUGGUGGCAGCAGUGGAACUGGGAAUUUCCAGAACCUUACCACAAAUGCCUUUGGUAAUACCCAAGGUACUGGUUCUGAAACUGACCAAACCCACUAUCAUGUGGAUUCCAUCCCCUAUGGGAUCCCAAGUAAAGAAUACAGGUAUUUUCAAGGACCUAAAUCUGUGGGAGGUGAACAUAGUUUAUCUUCCAAAACUUUAGGAAGCAACAAGGUUCUCCGGAUGGAGUCACAGCUGGAAAACACUUCGAUGCCUACCGGAGUUGCCUCGUUCUCUACGUCGAGAUCAAACAAUAAUUCCAUAUUGCAGGGUCAGGGUGAUUAUCUCCAGCGUUCAUUUUUAUCCAGUGAAUAUGCCUCAGGAGAAACUGGGAAGCAUGAGGGUCAGUCUCUUCGACCUUUCUUUGAAGAAUGGCCUAAUAGCAGGGAGUCAUGGUCUGGUCUGGAAGAUGAGAGAUCCAACCAGACAGCAUUCUCCACAACUCAACUCUCAAUAUCCAUUCCUAUGUCCUCAUCAAACGUCUCUAAAACUAGCUCACAAUCCCCACAUGGUGAGUCUUAAAUUUGGUCAAGUUUCAGCAUGUACCUACCAACCACCUGAAUACUGUAAUAAUAUUGUUGCAAACGA